GUCAGUAUGUAAACUAGGUCAUUACACUAUUUGAGUUGUUUAUAAUUUAUUUCAGCCUAUUAAAAUGAACUCGUGGAUGUUCUAUUUAAAUGUUAGUGGGUCAUAGAAUGAACAGUUUGUGUAGGAUUUAAAACUAUAAAGCAGCUGUCUGCCAUCAUGCCUCAACCACUAGACUGUGAAUAUCAGGAAAGAAACAUACUAGACAAGAACUGAAUCGGGGAUGAGAAGCCUUUGAUGGGAUGUUGAGUGGUGGCUGCCACUGAAAGAUGCAAGACUGGCCUAAAUGGUGUUUUCUUCUGUCUCUGCUCUUCGCAGCAUCAUUACCACUGGUAGAUGCUGUUGGGAGUGGUCUCGUUCUUCCCAAAGAUCCUUACAUCUUCAUCGGUAAAAACUUGACGUUGACCUGUAACCUCACACAGUUUGAUGCAGUGUAUGAUUCACGCUACCUCGUUUUCACCCGAAAAAAUGACGAAGUAUUGGCCGAUAUAUAUACCUCCAUCGAAUCGACACGUUCCAUGGUGCUUCGUCUGCCUAUCCGGUCACCGGAUGAUGGAGGGACCUACAUCUGCAGACUUAACCGGACAAACGGACGUCCGGAAAUCAUCGGCACUCAGUUUGUGAAUGUGGAGUAUGAGCCUGUCCCGGUAACAAAAAUCAACUGUCGCGUCUUCAAUUGGGAAAACAUGACGUGUUUCUGGGACCUUGGUGUGUCUUAUCUACAUCCAGACACUAUCAUUGUAAAGCUUGUCUGGACUAUCACUAACCGACAUCAGAGCGAGUGCUUGCGUCAGACAAGAACGUCAUGCGAGUGGUGGGCAGUUGACGGCCUUGACUCGUUCCAGAGCGAUCUCACAUACUACAUGGCCGUAUCCAUCCUCAACAAUAUAACACAGGUCUGGUAUCCCCAGAGGGCAGUUGUCAACACGAUCGUCACAGAGGAAAUUGUGGAGCCAGCUCCAGUGGAGUUUCGAUCAUCUGUUGCCAACAGUACAUGUGUGGUGUUGUCAUGGAAACACUCCAAGACCAUCAGACUGAAGGCCUACCGCCUGGACUUCCGGUCCCAGCAGGACACAGAAUGGGAGACCAAGCACCUGGGGAACGCUGAAGAGCAGACGCUGUGUGGUUUGCGCCCGUUCACGAGGUAUGACUUCAGCAUCACCUGCCGGCCUCUUCUGUUCAGGGGCAGAGAGACGGGAUUCUGGAGUCGACCGGCACAAAUCUCAAUACAAACAGACGAAGACGUGCCAAAUGUUGGUCCAGAAAUCCUGCCUGGAAGUUAUACGGAGCAGCGUUGCCUCACCCACUACUGUACCACCGUAAUGCUAUACUGGAAGCCGUUGAGCUUAAGAGAAUCCAACGGCAAUGUGACGUUCUACCAGUUGUCCUGGACAUCUAGCAGAUCCAACGGGUGGGUGAAUGUGACCAUGACCAACACGCAAGGUCACGUCUUUGUGUCCCCUGGGGAAGCCCACAUUGUCCGGAUAUGGGCCGCAACCAGGAAGGGUUUAUCAGCAAAGCCUUCCACUAUAGUCAUCCCUGCAGUCCAUCAAAAGCCUCCAAUUCCUGAGCAUCGCGUGGAGGCCAACAACAACAACUUGACUAUCUACUGGUCGUUGCUGUCUCCUGUUGCCGCAGUAGCCCCCUGGUCCAACAUGACAUCUUACACGGUUUUCUGGUGUCAUGGCAACGAGAACUGUCAGGAACCAAUCCGAUGGCAGACAGUUCCAAUCAGCGAGGAUCAGUUCACGCUAGAGCUGCCUCAGUUUCGCUCCCACAUGUUUGGGGUGGCCUUGAAUGCCGUAACAUCUUCAGGGGAGGCAAUUAGCAGUGGAUUUAAAUGGAACACCUGCAUUUACAGGCAACACGCAGUGCCACUGAUAUCGCCAGGCAAUGUACGUCGGUCGGCUUACCAGCCAAACGGAGGCCUGAGUGUGGACUGGGACACCCUGUCCUGCGAUGUCAGCGAUGCCUACAUUGUCUCUUAUACUGUCAAUGUCUGUCCUUCAUUGCAUGGAGACAACUGUACUGGGGCUUUGUCGACCUAUUCAAUCAAGGGCGGACAGAGCUCGAUCUCAGUGCAAGGUCUGACCGUGGGAGACCGAUAUCGUGUCUGGAUCAGUGCCUACUCUGCAGCAGGAUCUGGGCCCAACAGCGAGGCAAUUUACAGCAUAAUCAUAGACCGAAGUCUGAAGCCUGGGGAGAUUGCAGGCCUGGUUGUUGGAGGACUAGUGGUGAUCACUCUCGUCAUUUUUGUUGUGGUCACUUGCUGUAGACGACUAUUUAGAUCACUCAAGGACCGUUACCAGUACCCAGUGCACAUAGAGAUACCUACUUCAUUACAUCCCUUGCCACCCAUUCCGAUAUCUGCUCAUGAGAUCUCACCAUGCUCGGACGACUCCGACGGGAUCUAUGAGAAGAUCGUGGACUGUCCUCCCAGCCCGCAGUCCGAGUCAGAGUCCACAACUGGGGUCCACGCCCCUCUGCUUCAGUACUCCUGGAAAUUCUCUGCUAUAAAGAGUGCAGGAUAUUCUGUGAAGGAGGACGCUCGGAAUAGCGAGGACAGUGGACGUGGCAGUGCGGAGCAUUCCUCCGACACACUUCUCACUCGCAAACACCCCUCCCACUUUAUCAAUAGCAACCAGUCGGAAAGCGAUUCUGGCAUAAUAGUGGCCGUUCAAGGUCCAAUGAAAACAUUCGUGUCGAGCGAAGGUUCCGGAAAAACUCGGGGUAGAGGUCAGAAUGGGAUUAGUUAUAGCCUCGAUGAAACUGGGGACUCAAAGGGGACUCAAGUAAACCCAUAUAGUUGUGUGAACAUAGUGGAUGACAUUCCUUGUAAAUCAGGCCAGCUUAUUCGAAAGCUGUCUCAGAGCCAUGAUGAUGUCAUUCAGUGCAAAGGAAGCACUAUAUCUCUUCCUAGCUGUAAGCGGAUUCCUUUUUCCCAAAAGGCACUUGACCUUCGAGCGCAAAGUGCGGGGAAUGACCUUGAUCUUGAAAGUGGGAGGAAGUUAAGCUCAAUGAAAGAAGCUCGCGAGCUCGAAUGUCGUAAUUAUUCUGACAACGGCACUUUGGAUCAGACGGAUUAUCACUUUACGGGAGAAGUUACGAAGCCUGUCAGUAUUAAACACUCCAUGACAAACGGUACCGCAAUGACAAACGGUUACCAUAAAGAUAAUAGUUAUGGCAGCCAUGGUGGCAAGUGGUUGAAUUCCUACAUUAAAGUAAGUGCCAAUGAUAUCCCGGAAAUUGACUUGCAUGAUUUUGUGAAUUCGAACAAUCAUGACUGUGUAUGCGGUUGCCACACUAACAAUGUCAAAACAAACAUCCUCCACGAGGGCUAUGUCUCACAGGCAGUGUUUGUCGAUCACACAGAGGUUAAUUGCUUGUGUCGGAAACACGAUCAAACGUAUCAGUACCUGUACGACAACAAGGAAGAAUUCAAACUGAAGAUGCUCCAGGAGAUCUUGAUGGGCAAGAAUGGUGCUCGUCCAGUCAGUCAGGUCGUUAAUCUGCCACCUCAUUUUUUCGAGUCGAUGAGCAAGUUGCCUGUAGAUCCAGCCAGAACUACAGAACUAUAGACCCUCUCUGGGAUUGUCACUUCGCUCAGGCGUGGUGUGGAUUUAUUUAUUGACCUCAGUGCUAAGAAGUGUUGUGUUGUGUAUUGUGUACAAUGAUAUUUAUAAUGAGUGUAUGGUUUACAUUUCUAAUGUAAAAUAUUGUGUGGGCGUCUAUGGUAAAAAUGGUGAAUUAUUUCCGUAUUGUCAUGAUUUAGGAAUUGUGUAUCGGGAUACAAUUUAUGUAUCGUGUAAGGUUGUUUGUUUACUGAUUUGCACAGGUAAAUCUACUGUGAUGACAAUCAAAUAUUUCCACACUUUUGCUCAGUUAAAUGCAUUAUUGGUGAUGAGGCCUUGAACAUAAAUAAUGGUUUCAAAAAACCAACUUUGCGCUCUUACUCAUUAUAUUUCACUUUCUUCUGCCAUUCUCCCACUACCUCUGAUUGGAGCAGGGCAGUUGUCAGUUACUGUCAUAUGAAUGUGCACAUAAUACUGGUAAACCAGUAAACCAGCUGACUGUCGUAAUAUGAAUGGGCCGUGCUCCGUGAAAAGGGGGUUUAAUGCAUGCGCGUAAAGUGUCGUCCCAGAUUAGCCUGUGCAGUCCACACAGGCUAAUCAGGGACGACACUUUCCGCUUUUAUAAUAUAUUCUGUUUGCAGAAAGUUUGUUUUUUUUGGCAAAAAUCCAGUUUAGGCGGAAAGUGUUGCAGACUGCAAAGGCUAAUCUGGGACGACACUUUUGGCACAUGCAUUAAACCCCUUUUUCACAGAGCACUGCCUAAAUGAAAUAUUGUUAAAAACAAUGGUAAACCUAAAUAAUCAAACAUUAUUUUUCACAACAUUUCAUUACAAAAGUAAAUAGUGAUUACAAAACUAAAUAUACUUGAUAUUGCACUGUUAUUAUCUCUGAAAAUUCAGUAAGUUACUGAUACCCAGAAAUUUUAGUUUUAAUUUUGGUUUUCACUAUUUCUAACCGACCUAAUGCAAUUGUUCUAGUCCAUUUUCCUUGAGGCAUUGACGAUUUGUAGAUUAAAUUUGCAACAUUUUCUUACGUAAGAUAGUUUUUAAUCUGUGUGUUCACUCUGUUUAUUAAAUAUAAAUGUUUCAGGAGUGUAUUUAAUAUCUUUAAACCGGGCAUUACACUUCUAUUUAUAUCCUUUUGACAUUAUUAAUCAAUUUACUGGAGCUAACCUCUUGUAUUUAUUAUAGUCCAUUUGCAUUUCGGCUUUAAAUGAUUAUAAAUUUGCAACAUUUUCUUAUGAACUUUAGUUUAAGUUAUAAGUUGUUUAAGUGUGUUCAAUCUGUUUAUUAGUCCCCUACCGGUUUCACCGGAGGGGACUUAUGGUUUGCACUCCGUCUGUCAGUCAGUCUGUCUGUCACACUUUUCAGGAUCCUGCGAUAACUUUAAAAGUUCGUAAUAUUUUUUCAUGAAACUUGGAACAUGGAUAGAUGUCAAUAUGGACAUUAUGCACGUCAUUUCAUUUCGUUCCUACGUCAAAAAUUCUGGUUGCUAUGGCAACAAAUAGACUAGAAAUACUGCUGAAAUGGUGGUUUUCUGGAUCCUGCGAUAACUUUUAAAGUUCUAAAUAUUUUUUCAUGAAACUUCAAACAUGGAUAGAUGGCAAUAUGGACAUUAUGCACGUUAUUUCAUUUUAUGCCUGCGUCAAAUAUUCUGGUUGCUAUGGCAACAAAUAUAUAAAAAAAAUAAUCUGAAAAUGGUGGAAUUUCUGACAAUGAUGGAGCCGGUAGGGGACUUAUAUUGCUUGACAAUAGUCUUGUUAUAUUUAGUACAAUUGUUUCAAACUGGGCAUUACCCUUCUAUUUGUUUUCUUUUGAAAUGUUCAUUAAUGUAUUGAUUUAUUAUUUGGAUAUGAUUUGCAAAAUUUUAUGAUUUCCUCUCAUUUACAUUUCAUCUCUUUUUUACAUUUCCAGUUAAUUACAAAUGCAUUUAACCCAUACAUAUUGUUUUUGGUUAUUAGUCCCCUACCGGUGAAACCGGAGAGGACUUAUGGUUUGCGCUCUGUCUGUCACACUUUUCUGGAUCCUGCGAUAACUUUAAAAGUUCGUAAUAUUUUUUCAUGAAACUUGGAACAUGGAUAGAUGUCAAUAUGGACAUUAUGCAAGUCAUUUCAUUUUGUUCCUACGUCAAGAAUUCUGGUUGCUAUGGCAACAGGUAGACUAUAAAUAUUGCUGAAAAUGGUGGAUCCAGCAAUAACAUUAAAAGUUCUUCAUAUUUUUUAAUGAAACUUGAAAUGUGGAUAGAUGGCAAUAUGGAGAUUAUGAAUGUUAUUUCAUGUUGUUCCCACGUCAAUAAUUCUGGUUGCUAUGGCAACAAAUAAACUACUAGAAAUGGCGCGGCAGAGGCUGCCACGUAUCCCCAGGCCGCAUGUUUGACCCAGGGGGCACCCCAGGGUUAGUAAUUGGGCCAUGCAUAGUUAAGAUUGACGGUAUUGUCAUAAGAGAUGUUCUGUAUCAAAAGGAACAGGGUUCGCACAGGGCUUGAAAAGAGCUUGAAAGCGAGUGCUAGGCUUGAACAAAGGUUGGCCUUAAAAAAGAGAUUUAAAAAUGCUUAAUUCAUGUAAAAAAGCCUUGAUAAUAUUUAUUUAUGCUCAAAAUAACUUUUAACAUCGCUUUAAUUAUAAACUUAAAUUGUUCUUAAGAGAAAUAUUACGAAAAUUUAUCAUAAAUUCCUUCGCGCAAAAGUUGAGUACGAAAUAUAAGUUUCGUACAUUAUUGAGUACGAAACUUUAUGUAUAUACGUCACAGAUUAUGUGCACUACGUCAGAGGUUCUCCAUUGUGAUCAAUUUUCGCGAGUGAAAACGCAGCAAUGGGGAAGUGUCGUUUCAAACCAGGGUGGUUAACUGAAUAUUCCAGGGUACAGAAAACAAAUGACAUUUGAAAAGCACAUUGUCGGGUCUGUAUGAAGCCCAUUGAUGUCAGGGGGAUGGGGGAAAGCGCUUUGAAAAGCCACAAGAAAGGGAAAACCCACAAAGAAAACAUGAAAUUGAGAAGAAAACAGGGUUCCUGUGAUGUGUUUUUAGCUCACCUGCCACGAAGUGACAUGGUGAGCUUAUGUGACCGUGUGAUGUCCGGCAUCCGUAUGUGUGUGCGUGCGUCUGUCAACAAUUUGUUUGUGUAGACAGUAGAGGUCACAGUUUUCAUCCAAUCUUUAUGAAAUUUGGUCAGAAUGUUUAUCUAGAUGAAAUCUGGGUUGGGAUUGUAUUUGGGUCAUUUGGGGUCAAAAACUAGAUCACUAGGUCAAAAACAAGGUCACAUAAUAGGUCAAAUAAUAGAAAAACCUUGUGUAGACAAUAGAGGUCGCAGUUUUCAUCCAAUCCAUAUGAAAUUUGGUCAGAAUGUUUAUCUUGAUGAAAUCUGGGUUGGAAUUGUAUUUGGGUCAUCUGGGGUCAAAAACUAGGUCAAAUAAUAGAAAAACCUUGUGUAGACAGUAGAGGUCACAGUUUUCAUCCAAUCUUUAUGAAAUUUGGUAAGAAUGUUUAUCUUGAUGAAAUCUGGAUUAGGAUUGUAUUUGGGUCAAUCACUAGGUCAAAUAAUAGAAAAACCUUGUGUAGACAAUAGAGGUCACAGUUUUCAUCCAAUCUUUAAAAAAUUUGAUCAGAAUGUUUAUCUUCAUGAAAUCUGGGUUGGGAUUGUAUUUGGGUCACCUGGGGUCAAAAACUAGGUCACUAGGUCAAAUAAUAGAAAAACCUUGUGUAGACAAUAGAGGUCACAGUUUUCAUCUAAUCUUUAUCAAAUUUGGUCAGAAUGUUUAUCUUUAUGAAAUCUGGGUUGGGAUUGUAUUUGGCUAGUCAGGUUAGCGAUUCAUCAUGGCCCUCUUGUUUGUGAAACAGGACGGUACUAUUUUUAAAACUGUUAAAUCUAAAACAGACAUAUACAACAACAGCCCAUCUGUUUCGACCCAGGAAGGCACAGCCACAGAGACUGUGCAGAUAGAAGAUAUUCAAAUUCCAGGACCUUCGCAAACAUCGGCAGCAGUAUCAAUCUCGCAGACAUCCAUAGACAAAUUCAUUACAAAAAAAUUAUAUGUUGAAAGCGGAAGUAUUGUGGGUAUUGCAUACCGUUUGCACACAUCAAUCCUUCAAUUCCAAAAAAAAAAAUUUACCAAGUUAUUUCAAGUUAUGUUCCAUUACAGUACCAAUUAGCAAAGAAAUUUUCUUGCUGAGACCGCAAGACAUCUGAGCAUAUGUAGCUGUUUUUUGGCUAGCUGAACAUUUCAAAACAUUACUUGUUAGUUCUAUAAGUGGACCAUACUCAGUGUAUUUUAAUGAAAGUUUGAACAAGAAAGACCAAUCUAAGAAAAUGGAAAAUGCAUUUUUUAAAGAAAACUAACGUACGGUUCUCGGCCUUGAAAAUGAAAAUUUGGCUGUGAAAAGUCCUUGAAAAGUUCUUGAAUUUAGGUUUGAGAUUUCUGUUUGAACCAUGUGGAAGUGAAUUGGUAUAGAAAUGAAGAAGUUAAUGUAAAAUAACGAAGAACAAGAGAUGUGUUUGUCAGAAACACAAUGCUCCCUACUGUGCAGCUUUGAUUUAUUAAAAAAAAGACAUUUUGCAGAUUCAUUGCUUACCUCCCUUUAAAGCUUAUUACUUCCCUUGGAUUGUUUUUUUUUACCUUUGACCUUGAUGGAUGACCUUGAUCUUUCACCACUCAAAAUGUGCAGCUCUAUGAAAUACACAUGCAUGUCAAAUAUCAAGUUUCUAUCUUCAAUAUUGCAAAAGUUAUGGCCAAUGCACCAUACCGGGGGGCAUAAAAAUGAGUGAAUAUCUUUGACCCGGCCCCUUCCGAACCUCCAUAACUUUUGACCCAGGGGUCAUAUCAAAAUUCCAAAUAGUGCAGGGUUGCACUUAUGCUCAUAGCUACCAUGUGUGUAAGUUGAAAGGUUCUAGUGCUUAUAGUGUAGGAGGAGAUAAUGGCCAGGACAGACGGACGGACAGACGUUGGAGAUUACCACAUUUUCCGCUCGCUUUUUUAAAAGCGUGGGGAUAACAAAUAUUGCUGAAAAUUGUGGAUCCUGCGUAGGUAGGGGACUUUUAUUGCUUGGCAAUAGUCUUGUUAAUUAUUUCAUAAUUGUAUGAACUCCACUCAUCUAAACUUCUAUUGAUUUUUUUUUACUCAGAGCUUGCAGAUUCAUUGACCUGAGUCUUGCAAAAAAUGGGUCUUUUUUUUUUCUUUAAAAAUAAUUUUCACUUAUUAUUUAUUUAUUGAAUAUAUCCACUUACUAUGGAUUUCAUUUUUAGUUCGGCUGUUUUCGGAGAUAACCCGAGGUAUUGUCAUAGCCAGCUCGUCGUCUGAAGUCUGCCGUCCACGUUGUGCUAAAACCUUAACAUUUUGUUAAGGUUUUGAAUAUUGCCUCUAAAAUCAAAGUGCUUCUACCUACAACUUUGAAACGCCACAUGUAGCUGCACCUUGAUGAGUUCUACACGCCACACUCAAUUUUGGGUCUCUAGGUCAAAGGUCAAGGUCACUGUGACCUCUAAAAAAAAAAAUUCUGACAAGCUUACGCAAAUUUGUAAUUGUAUAAAACAUUUGUACCUAGACUUUAUUAUGUUGAAUUGUUUGUUACAUUUAAUUCAGCUUAUUUUAUUUCUAGUUAUUUUGUGCAAGUACUUUUAACUGAAUGCAAAGACAAUAAUUAGAUCUUUUAAAUCCACCUUGCAAAAAAAAAAAACGUGUGUAUUAUGAGCUCCCAUGAGACAAGUAGUCUGUGUGCAUCCAGGAGAAUGAUGUCUGCUCAAUAACUCAAAUAGUCUAAAUCAGAUAAUCAUGACAUUUGGUUUUGAUGUUUAUGGGCAUAAUAUCAUGACUAAGUUCAUUUUCAAGCCUAAUUGCAGGAUGCACUCCUGAAUUAUGACCCUUGAAAUCUCCACAUUUUGCCAAAGUUAUGUUACCUGGUUCUAAUUAGUGGUUUUGAUUAAAUUACUGCAGUUUGUAUAUACCAAGAAUGAUGCCACUUUAGAUAUAGUAACCUAGAAUAUGAACCAAGCUACCGAUUGAAUCUGGGGCUCGUCAGUUCAAGGAAGCUGUUACUUAAAAUAGUUUUUGCUCAAUCAUUUCAGUUUAGUGAUUCAUACAAAUUUUGUGUAUAGGUAACUUAAAUGGAGACAUAGCAUGGUGUCGCAUGUUUGACCUUUUAUGUUAAGGUCAUGCUUAUUGUAACUCAAAACCAAAAAACAGUGUCCACUCAAUGACUUUUUUGGAAUAUAGUGUAAUAUUGAAAUUGUGUUUUUAUAAAAACUGUUUUUACCAAAUAAUUUUUUUGAAAUGAGAAAAUUUUGCUAUAAUCAUUUUCAGUGGUUUGCUUACAAAAAGCAAACCUAGCUUGGAAUUGUAUUUUUAGCCAGUCAGUUGUUCAAGGUCACUUGUGUUACUAAAUAUAGAAAAACUAUUUCUGCUAAGAAAAUUGACGUUCAAGGGCGAUAUUACAACUUUUUAAUGUAUUUACCAUGCAUUUAAAACAUAUAAGCAUAAAAUAUAAGCAGACGUAUGCAAACUUGUAUGUCCUAAACAGUCAAUGCAAUAAUGGAUAUAAUAUUGAUAUAAGAAUAUUGAAUAUCAAGAAAUUUAAUCAGGUGAUGAAUUAUUGUAGUGGAUCAUAAUCUCCACUAGUCUGUUAUUGAAAGCAAGUGACCAACUUUCUAUACAAUACUGGACAAUACAUGUAUCACAACUCUAAAUAGAAAUGAUUAACCCUUUCCCACUCAGAAGAAAAGUGAAAAUGGCUAUGUGCAAACAGCAUUAAACCAGAACAGCCUGCGAGUUACUCGCAUACUCGCAGUCUGUUCAGGUUUAAUGCUGUUUGCUGCUCAUCAGUAUCUAAGGGUUGGAAAUGAAGCCUUUAAAAUUUGAAUCUAGUAAGAAAGGUGUAAUUAAAUUUAACUUUCUGAGGGACUACAAAUGCAUUAAAAUACGUAUCUAAGUGGUAAAGGGUUAAAUACGUAUCUAAGCAGUAAAGGGGUAAAGUGAUGAAGGGUUAAAUACGUAUCUAAGUGGUAAAGGGGUAAAGUGAUGAAGGGUUAAAUACGUAUCUAAGUGGUAAAGGGGUAAAGUGAUGAAGGGUUAAAUACGUAUCUAAGUGGUAAAGGGGUAAAGUGAUGAAGGGUUAAAUACGUAUCUAAGUGGUAACAGGUUAAAUCCAUGGUAAACCCCUUGGAACAGUCAAUGCAAAGCAUUAAAGGUUAGGACUAUUAAUACAUCAAAUUCAAAUUGUACGUGAGAGUCCAGUGUUUGGGCACUGUAUUAUAUACUAUGAAAAAUACUAUACUAUAAAAAGUUCACAAUGGAGAAGUGAAUGUGAUGUCUGCCAAGCGAUCAGGAGGUCCUGGUUCUACCUUAAUUGGAAAUAAACUUGAGAGCAUCUUAAUAUGCAUUUGGCUUUCUUAGCAAUCAAACUGCAGUGAUCAGCUUAAAAUUUAAACCAUGAAUAAUGCAUUUAUUAUGAAAUAAUUAUAAUAUAGGGUGGUUUUCAAGAAUGUUUUAUUGUAAACAUGUUUGUUGUUGUAAACAUCAGCAUUAUUUGUAUUUAUUAUUUGUAUAUGUUUUUUUGGCAUUCCCUUGUAAAGCAUUCCUGACUCUGGUUGUUACUGUUAACUGAUAUUUUUUAUAUAUAAAAUUUUGUUUAAAAUUACAAUAUCUGUGUGUGAUGUUAGUUGCCAUUGUUUCAUGCAUAAUUAUUCUGAAUGAGUCUCUAUUUCAUGCUUGUUAUUUUGCUUUCACAGCGCUAAAGUAUGGUAGUUUUGAUAAAUAUAAGAAGUUACGACAGUUGUGCAUUGAUCUAUGAAUGUACACAAUGUUGGUUGCCAAUCAGGUUCUUUUUACAACGUGCUCAUGGUGAGCUUUUGUGAACGCCUUUUGUCCGUUGUGCGUCGUCCGUCGUCAACAUUUUGCCCUGUCAACACUCUAGAGGCCACAUUUAUUGUCUGAUCUUCAUGAAAUUUGGUCAGAACAUUUGUCCCAUUGAUACCUGGACUGAGUUCAGUUCGAAACUGGAUCAUGCUGGGUCAAAAAGUAGGUCACUAGGUCAAAAAAAAGAAAAACAUUGUGAACACUGUAGAAGUCACAUUUGAUGCCCAAUCUUCAUGUUACUUUGUCAAAAUGUUUGUCUAAAUGAUAUGUUGGUUGAGUUCAAAAAUGGUUUCGGUCCGUUGAAAAACAUGGCCGCCAGGGGGCAGUGUUCGAUCCUUAUAUGGCUAUAGAGAAACCUUGUGAACACUCUAGAAGUCACAAUUUUUGCCCAAUCAUCAUGAAACUUGGUCAAAAAAUUGGUUUCAUCGAUAUCUUGGACAACUUCGAAAAUGGUCCAGAUCAGUUAAAAAACAUUGCCGCCAGGGGGCGGGACAGUUUUCCAAAUAUGGCUAUAGUAAAACCUUGUUAACACUCUAUAGGCCACAUUUAUUGUCCAAUCUUAAUGAAACUUGGUCAGAAGAUUGGUCUCAAUGAUAUCUUGGAUGAGUUCGAAAAUAGUUACGUUUUGCUUGAAAAAUAUGGCUGCCAAGGGGCGUGGCAUUUUCCUUAUAUGGCUAUUUAUAGCUAUAUAUAGCUAUAAUUAUAGUACAAUCUUGUUAACACUCUAGAGGCCACAUUUAUUGUCUGAUCUUCAUGAAACUUGGUCAGAAGAUUCAUUGUAAUAAUAUCGUGGAUGAGUUCAAAAAUGAUGCUGGUUGGUUAAUAAACAUGGCCGCCAGGGGGCGGGGCAUUUUUCCUUAUAUGGAUAUAGUAAAACCUUUUUAACACUCUAUAGAGGCCUAAUUUAUUUUCCGAUCUUCAUGAAACAUGGUCAGAAGAAUUGUCCUAAUGAUAUCUUGGAUGAGUUCGAAAAUGGUUUUGGUUGCUUAAAAAACAUGGCCACCAGGGGGCGGGGCCUUUUUCCUAAUAUGGCUAUAUAUCAUGCUUUAGUAAAACCUUGUUAACACUCUAGAGGCCACAUUUAUUGUCGGAUCAUCAUGAAACUUGGUCAGAAGAAUUGUCCCAAUGAUAUCUUGGAUGAGUUUGAAAAUGGUUCCGGUUGGUGGAAAAACAUGGCCAUUAGUUGGUGGGGCAUUUUUCCUUAUAUGGACUUAUGAAUUUUCAUGAAACUUAGUCAGUAUAUUUGUUUAAAUUAUAUCUUGGAUGUGUAUGAAAAUGGUUCUGGUCUGUUGAAAAACAUGGCUGCCAGGGUGUUCACUAGUCAUGAAGGUUGGUAAGAACAUUUUGUUCUAAUGACAUCUUGGGCUGCACAGAACAGGUCAGUUCCUUUGAAUCUCAGGUGAGCGACUUUGGACCUUUCAGGCCCUCUUGUUACAGUUAGAAUGAGCCUGUUUAAUUGUUCUUAUAAAAAUUGCAUGAAUUUAUUUGUUAGAAAUAACACUUUAAUGGGCAUUAUGUUACUAGCAUUUCUAUGAAGAAUAACUCUGACAUUGAUUAAGUGUUUGUCCUUAUAUGAGAUGUCCACUUUAUGGCACAGACAAGUUUAAUUUGUUGUUUACUUAUUAUGUUGAUUUGCAUGAACGGUUUCAAGCACUUAGUUAUAAUUUCAAGUUAAUCAUAAGCUUUACUGAUGUUGAUUUGCAUGAACGGUUUCAAGCAUCUAGCUAUAAUUUCUGGUUAAUAUUGUAAUUUCAAGUUAACACAAAUUACCAUGGCAUGGUUAUUAUAGCUUAUUGUCAUUUAAAUCUUUGCAUGCUGGGAAAUUUGUUGUCUGCUAAAAUGUCGUCUGCUGAAUUUCUAAAAUUAGCAUUUUCUUAGAUUUUUUUUCAAAGAAUAAUAUCAGAAAAGCAAACAGUUUGGAUCCUGAUGAGACGCCACGUUCUGUGGCAUCUCAUCUGGAUCCAAACUGUUUGCAAAGGCCUUUAAAAUUCGGUUCCAGCACUGAAAGGGUUUUAAUAAAGGUUAAUGUGCACUUGUUACCAAAAUUUACUGAAAAUGGGGCCAAAAAAGGGACACAGAUCUGUACAAUUUUCUUUCACAAAAUUCAUUUUGUAUUUUGCCUACCAUAUCUGGGUAUCUAUGAGUUUAUCAGUACUCUACAUACAUUCCAAACAUAUACUUACUAGGAAGUGUAGAACCCUUUCUAAAUUAUCAGGUGUUGCAUUUUCACAAUGUUAACCCUAACAACCAUGUUUCUUUAUCAUACUGUGCUUGAAAACUGUUUUUCCAAAAGAUAUGCAUGUUGUUUGUGCAUAAUUAUAGUACUUUGUAUGAUCUCAACUUCACUACACCGUUUCAUUGCUAAUCAACUGGUCUGUUUUAUGUUAAUUUACCCUAUACAUGUAGAAGAAAAGUUGAAAAUAGGGCACUCUUCCUAUUAUAUCUCACAGAGCUUAUACAAAACUAUAUCUUGUUUUGCUGACUGUAAUUUGGAAAAUUUUAUGUUAUAACAUGAACUUAUAAUUAAAAUGUUCAUGUUUUACUUGUGUUCAAAACAGUAUCAUUGUAAACCAUAUUUAUGCCCCCCUUCGAAGAAGAGGGGGUAUAUUGUUUUGCACGUCGGUCCGUCGGUCGGUCUGUCAACAAAAUGGUUUCCAGAUGAUAGCUCAAGAACGCUUAGGCCUAGGAUCAUGAAACUGCAUAGGUACAUUAAUCAUGACUGGCAGAUGACCCCUAUUGAUUUUUAUGUCACUAGGUCAAAGGUCAAGGUCACAAUGACUUGAAAUAGUAAAAUGGUUUCCGGAUGAUAACUCAAGAAUGCUUAUGCCAAGGAUCAUAAAACUUCACAGGUACAUUGAUCAUGACUGGCAGAUGACCCCUAUUGAUUUUCAGGUCACUAGGUCAAAGGUCAAGGUCACAGUUACUCAAAAUAGUAAAAUGGUUUCCGGAUGUAGUAAAAUGGUUUCCGGAUGAUAACUCAAGAAUGCUUACGCCUAGGAUCAUGAAACUUCAUAGGUACAUUGAUCAUGACUGGCAAAUGACCCCUAUUGAUUUUCAGGUCACUGGGUAAAAGGUCAAAUUGACUUGAAACAGUAAAAAUGGUUUCCGGAUGAUAAAUCAAGAACGCUUAGGCCUAGGAUCAUAAAACUUCAUAGGUACAUUGAUAAUGACUGGCAGAUGAUCCCUAUUGAUUUUCAGGUCACUAGGUCAAAGGUCAAGGCCACAGUGACUCGAAAUAGUAAAAUGGUUUCCCAAUGAUAACUCAAGAAUGCUUACGCCUCGGACCAUGAAACUUCAUAAGUACAUUGAUCAUGACUGGCAGAUGACCCCUGUCGAUUUUCGGGUCACUAGGUCAAAUGUCAAGUCACAGUGACUCGAAACAGUAAAAUGGUUUCCUGAUGAUAACUCAAGAAUAAUUAGGCCUAGGAUCAUGAAACUUCAUAGGUACAUUGAUCAUGACUGGCAGAUGACCCCUAUGGAUUUUCAGGUCACUAGGUCAAGGUCACAGUGACAUAAAACGUAUUCACACAAUGGCUGCCACUACAACUGCCAGCAGAUAUGGGUGGGGCAUGCAUGUUUUACAAACAGCCCUUGUUUAUUAAACCAGUGCAGGAUUUUUUUUGGUAAGCUUAGCUUAAUAAUAACAAAUUUUGUGGAAGAGUUAAAUAAAAUAAAAGUAUGAAUGUUCAAAAACAUUUUUUAGUUGUAAAAAAGCAACGGGAUUAAAUCUUACUAUACCAAAAAAUGUUGAUAUGUACUUAAAGCUGUGUUCUGGUGUGACACCAUUAUAUGUUGAUGUUGUGCGAUGAUAAACCAAAUGUGUUUGAUUGAUCAGUUAAAGAAUAUAUAGCCACUAAAAUGCUUCAAAAUGUUUUCUUACAAAUCUUGAAACAAUUAAAUGAUGGGGUAACGACAAAAAAAGCAGGUCCCCUCUUUUUUCAAUCAUAUGUUUACCGGUACCUCAAAAAGAAAUAUAUUCAAAAAUCGCGAUUCUGUAAAAGAUGCAUAACUGCAAGCAAUUUUUCCAAUCACAUCACAAUGCCUGUUUAGGAAUUAAAACAAAUAUAAAACUGAUGGCAGUGCUGAUUGAUUGUUAACCCUUUGCAUGCUGGGAAAUGUGUCGUCUGCUAAAAUGUCGUCUAUGUGGCGUCUCAUCUGAAUCCAAACUGUUUGCAAAGGCCUUCAAAAUUCGGUUACAGCGCUAAAAGGUUUAAGCAUGUUUAUAUCCUCUUUUUACUGUUACUUGCCUGUAUGGUUGUACAUGAACAAUUAAUGCAUGCUUUGUAAAACUCGCUAUAAACAGAUAUAUUGUAAACAAAUGUACAACGUUAACAUUAAAAUAAUGAUAUUUUAAAUUAUGUUGCUUUUGAUAUUCAAUAGUUUAUUUGCCUUACUGAUAAAUAGAUUUAUGUUUGGGUAUUUGUAAAUGUAUGUUUUACUUUCUUACUGAAAGUAUUUUUACCUCUAAAUUGUUCCACGGUCACUUAGUGCAUUUUAAACAUUGAGCAUGGUGUCUGUUCUCAUUCAAGUAAUUUUCAUCCGAUCUUCACCACACUUGGUCAGAAGUUGUAUCUAAAUGAUGUCUAGAUUAAGUUUCAAUAUGGGUCAUGCUGGCCAAAAACUAGGUCACGUGGUCACUUAGUGCGUUUUUUAACAUUCAGCAUGGUGUCCGAUCUCUAAUUCAAGUAGUUUUCAUCCGAUCUUUACAAAACUUGGUCAGAAGUUUUGUCUUGAUGAUCUGAAGGCCAGGUUUGAGCUUGGGCCAUGCCAGAUCAAAAACGUGGUCAUGGACACUUGGUCAGAAGUUGUAUCUAAUUGCUUUUGUUUAUGUUGUAUGAACAAAGUUUUGUUGGAUGCUGAAUGGUUAGUUCAACUGAUGUGCGGACAUUCCUUGUUUAUUUCAUGUUAUACUUUGAUUAAAAUAAACAUUUUGUGGAUCCAA